CCGCCCCGUAGUGUCGAGUUCCUCCGCUUCCUCGUGUGACAGGCGGCCCCGCCGGUCAGCAACGACCCCGGGCCCGGGAAAGCCCGGAGCGUUCCGCUGCAGACCCCGUCCGCGGCCUCGGGCCUGACCCCGAGCGGCUCCGCGGGGCGGCUGGCGCGGGAGCAGCGCAGGUAGGACCGCACACCCGGGGUACCGCGGCGGUGAGAAGCCGGGGCUGUGACGGGGCAGCGGUGCUCGUGGUGUGACUGCGUGAGCGCUGCGCAUCGCGGCCCCACAUCGGGGCAGAGAGCGGCAGCCGGAGGGGCACGGUUCAUUUGCUCCGUUCUUCAAGACAGAGAUAUCUUGCUUCUGAGACGAGUCCCUGAGCUGCAAAAAGCUUCUGCUUGCAUGGUACAGGAAUUACAACUGGGACACCACAGAGCACUGCAGGGAAAUAAACCUUGAACCCAAAUGCUGUAAUAUGCUCUUUCCCUUCAUGCUGCUCCAAUCCAUCAUCUUGGCCACCAGCUGAUGAGAUGGCACAGAAUGCUGAGGUCCAGCCAAGCUUUGAGGAUAUUUUUAAUAUUCUGUCCCAGGUCCCAGCAGAAAAACUCCUUAGUCUCGAACAGAAACUGAAGUAUUUGAUGUCUGGGCCCAGCAGUAAAUUACUGCAGGCCAUGGUCCUGCUUACUCUGGGACAAGAAGCAGAUGCACAAAUUUGUCUGAAUGCUCUGGGAGAUAACCGGGCAGCCCUGUACAUCAUCCAUCAGACCAAACUAGGCACCGCAGGAGUGCAGAAAGGCAGUGGUAAUUCUCAGCACCCCCAGCUAGAUGCAGGUGCCAUGGAACUUCUGGCAGAGAUCUACUUGCUGCUGGCAGGUGAAAAGCUGUGCAGCCACAAAGCUGUGGGCAAAGCUAAACAGGCUGCUAGCAGUGCCAGCAGGGAUGCUCAGAGGGACACUCUCAAUAGCAUUGCAGUUGGAGAUCAGGAAAGAUGUAUCAGCACUGUGGAUUCAGAUAGUGAGUUUCGGACACUGAGAUCUGAUGUGAGCACAGGAUUUCUCGGUAAGACCAGCCCAAAUACCAUGGUGAAAAGUUCCCCAAUGAAGAUUAGAAACACCUCAGACCCUUCAGGCCCACAGACCUUGCGCUCCUCAAGGAUCUCAGAUUCUUUCACUAGUCUCCUGAUCAGUCAAUCACCAACAGCUAUUUUUCACAUGCCAGCUCCUUCCUGUGAGUCCAGUCGGCUGUGUGAAGAGAGCACCAGCGAUGCUGGACACCCUGAUGGAGAGAAACAGAGCCACAGCCUGCAGGAAGCAGGCAGAGCCAGCAGCCCCAGCAGCCGUUCCAGGCAGGAUACAAAUCCCCAAGUCCCCCAUCUGGGGAAGGCACUGCAGGUCAACUCCUGUUGUCCAUCUCUCCCUAUUGUUGAAACACAGCUGCCCACACUGGGUGCUGUGGGUCAACCUGUUGAGAGUAAUGAUAUUUCCAGCACAGUGAUAGCAGAACCUCAGGUACCAAAAGCAAGCAGAGAACAAAAGGAAAAAUUAUCUACAGAUCUUCCCUAUUCAAGAACGACAAUAAAUAUUGGUCCUGCCUGCAUACCCAUAGAAGACUCCUACAUUCCAGCAGGCAUUUCCAACUCUGUACCUGCUUCCACUUCAGUUUUUCCCUUUCCUCCUCAAACCUAUUUCACUUCAACCAUUACCCCUGCUCCUCCGAGUGUUCCUUACAACAUACCAUUCCCCUCCCCUCCCUCUUCAACUGGCCCUCAUUCUUUAAAAACUGUGGAAGCAGCAUUGGCACCAAAGCCCAAUGGUGAAGGGAAAAAGUUCUUCACUUUUGUUAUUCUACAUGCUUUGGAAGAUGAGCGUAUUGCCUGUCGCAUCAAGGACCUGCUGGAGAACAUGGGGGUUCCCAACGGUGCCACAUUCUGCGAGGACUUCCUCGUUGCAGGACACAACCAGCUGACUUGCUUUCAGGAUGCUAUGGAAAACUCUGCUUUCCUCAUCCUUCUGCUGACCAAGAACUUCCUGUGUAACCAGUGUAUGUUCCAAACAAACUCAGCUCUGAUGGAGUCCAUCCAGCGACCUUCCAAGCACAACUCUGUCAUUCCUUUUGUACCUAAGGAGAAUCCACUGAAGCGGAGUCAGAUUCCCAGCAUGCUCAGUGUGCUGGUGGCCUUGGAUGAGAACUCUCCUGUUUUUGCCAGGACAGUGCAGAACACCUUUACCCCUGAGAAGAUCAAUGAAAGGAAGGCCAUGUGGUGCCAAAUUCAGCAAGUCCAAGAGCAGAAAAGGAAACUAGAACUAUUUCAGGAUCACUACCAAACACUGCAGAAUUUAGGGGCCCUUGGCUCUUUCCCCCACACAUCUCCAUCAGCAAUGCAGCUGAGUCAGUUAAGCCUAGAGCAACUGCUAAAACAGUGGCAGCCUCUCCAGUCAUCCCAACAGUGCCAUCCCCCAGUGUCUGUCUCUGCUGCCACACACCCACUUCCCCAGGCUGGUCAUCCCACAUCUGCUCCACUGGGUCCCUCUCCUUCCCAACCACUUAAUCUCCCAUCAGGGCAGAACUACACAACUACAGAUCCAGGAGGUGCUCGUUCCAUCAUCAUUAAACAUGCUCAAAUGGUUCAGAUUGGGAACUAUAACACAAUGCAUGUGGAAACUGCUGCAUCAGGUUCACAGGACAGUAAGGAAGAAUCCAGGGAGAAUGCUUAAUCAGAGAUGCAGAAAGUCAGACAGAGAAACUCACUCUUCAUUUCAAACCCUAGAUUAUAGAGAUUCUGCUGGAAAUGGGUCUAUUCUGAUUUCACCGGGGCCUAAUAGCCUCUGUUUCUUGGAGCACAUGAGAAAACUGCCUUCUUUUACAAAGAGGCUGUCAUUUCCCAAGACUGCUAUCCAUUUUCUAUUUUUCCUUCAACUGAGAAAAGAGUUUUCUUGAUUUUCUGAGGAUUAACUGAAAGGUUUUAUAAAUAAAUGUUAAUUAAUUUAUAUUUGCAUUUCUCCAGUUGUUUCCUGUAAAAUCAGAAAAGGGACAGCUGGGGAUAUCUGUAUGUCUGCGCCUCUUAAGUGGACGGGGCUGGGAGAUGGCACAUCUGGAUUAUGUUUCAUAGUAUGCUGCCCAGUCAUUUGAGGGAAAAUCUUCAGAGGACUCUUUGAGGAAUCACUGUGGCCUGCUGUGAAGGUGCUCUGCACUACAAGGUCACACAUUCUUCUUCUGGCUGCCCUCUUUGCUUAUGUUUGUAAUGUGGCGUGUUCAUACUAGUGCCUAUUUGUAUGUAUGGCACGCUCCCCUUGCUGCUGUGCAGCACCAUUUCCCUCAGCCUCACAUCACACCUGUGAAAAUUCAUGAAACUUGCUUCAAAAACUUCCUAGAGGCCUGCAGCCUCUCAGUUCUCCACUGAAAAUGCAGAGACAAGCCUUGUGUUUGUGAAACAGAAUUCCUGUGUGCACAUAGAGUCAUGGUUUAAGGAAAACACUUUUGUUUUUAAGAAAACUGUUAAAGGACCAAGAUUAUACAUCUGGUAUGAGGCUAAACAAGAACUUUAUGGUAAAGCUGAGCUUUGGGGAAAACAAAAACAAAAAAACAAAGGAAGGAUGGAAAGGGGGAAAUCUUUGAGAAAGUCUUAAGAAAGCAGAAGCUGUGGGUUCUCUCUUAUAUGUUUUUAAAAGUAUUUUAAAAGAUAGGAUUAGGCCCUGCUAUACUGGCUGUUAUACAGAGAAAUAUGCUUUACUGAGAUUAUUCUAUGUGUGUUACCACCUUUGAGGGAAAAGUUUGACUCAAAACCAGAAGUGUGGAGCAGAGCAUUACAAGAGUGUGGAGAAAGGCCAGUGAUGUGGGAUAUGUUCUACAGUGGCUCUAUGAGGCAGACCUUUACUAGGCUUUUAGCACAAGGAUGGCACCUGAAGCAAAAUGCCAACAUGCUUGCUCAGCCUGAUGAGUGUUGUCAUGGCCAUAUGCCUGUUCCGUCAGCAGGGGUCAGACCAAAGCCACCAGGCAUCUAGAAACUGCUCCCUCUGCCAAGCGGAGCCAAAGCAACAGCAGCAGACUCUAAAACCUACUGGCACUGCUCCAGGGUUUGCAAGCUGUAGGGCAGCUCACCCUACUCCUCACCCUUGGAAGAACCAGAGAGCUCCCAAGUGCUCAUUAAAGACAGCUAUCAGGGCCAGUGAUACAGGGGAGGUGACUGUACAGGGGAGGUGACUCCCAUUCCUGGUAUUUCUGCUGAUAUUUCUGUGCUCAUGUCACUCUGAAUACUUGCCCUGGUAUAUUUCAAAUCAAGAGAAGCCAGCACUGUCUGGAAGCCAACAAGCAGGACUACUACAGGCCAUCCUGACCAUGUACUAUUCAAGCAUUGUGCCCAAAGGGUCAUAGGUCCUUUCCUCAUGAGUCCAUUCAUAGAAUGCCUCUCUGCCUCCCUCCCUUGACCUCAAGGGAGGCUUAGCUCCUCCUGGGCUUCCCUGGCUAAGACCUAGUGCAAGACAAAGGGACUUGGACAAAUCAAAGCCCUCUGUGUCCUGCUUAAGAGCUGCCAUCAGCUGGCUUCCAGCUUUGAAACACUUUGGCUUUUAUUUCUCACACUGACCCAAUAAUAAUGGAUUAAGUCAUUUAUGCUUUACAGAGCCUGUUGGAAAUCUCUUGGUGAUUGCAUUCUUCCUAAAGAAGGUCCUCUUCUCUACAUCACCUUUGUUAGAAUAGGUGUUGCAUUACUGCAUUACUGUCACACUGCAGUUGUGCAGCCACCAGGGCAGCCCCUCCUCUCUGGAGAAAGCAUAUGCAUCACUUUUACUCCAUUUAUUACGCUUUCUGUAAAAAAACACUCUGCAAAACUGGUCAGUUGGAAGCUGCUCUAGUUUGUAAACAACCUUAACAGUCACAAGUUUGCUUGGAGUAGAGGAACAGAAAGUCACAGCAGCAGGCAGUACAAUACUCUGCCGGGUGUUUUUAAGCUUACUGUGCACUAACUACCAAGCGACUCAAAAAGUGUGACUGCCAUGUAACAGGCAAAGCCCUAUUCCAACUGCAGCACCAGGUUCACUCAGCCCACAUCUUUAGGGCUGUCUUUGCCUUGCUCACCAUGGAAAGGAAGUUUGUCACCAAAGCUUUCUCUUUCACCAAGAGAAUGUACAUGUGCUUGUGACUCUGAUUUUUCCCCAGUUUCUCAGUGAAGCUGAGAAAUGCUCAAGCUACUGAGAAUUAUUUUUGAGGAACCAUCAGCGAAGGGAAAAACUUUCAAAUAUUUUAUCCAUCUUUUCCUGUCCUGCCCAGGGAAAGCUAGGCAUUUUUGAAAUCCAAAUCCUUCUUGUGAAACUAACUCCAGUAACUUUAAUUCUUCUGUCUUGCUUUUCACCUCCCACUGAUAAGCUCUGGGGCGUAAAAGAGCUGCACUGCACCCCUCUUCCUUGUCCUGACUGCGUAUAAGGCAGGUAAUAUCUGAAUCAAGAGAGUAGCAUCCUUUCCCACUUCAUUUAAAUCAAAAGACAAAGCAAAGUAUAUAAAGGUAUGUCAUUCAAGUAUCAGCAUUGCUCUUUCUCAGGGGAAAUGUUUGCAUCUGUAGUGCAGAUUAACUCUUCCCACAAGUAAAUUCAGAUGAAAUGAAACAGAAUAACCAUAUUCACAAGUGUAUCAUUGCUAGGAAACAAGCAAGAGUUGAAAACAGAGGCUUACCAGCAAAAAGUCCAAGGCACUUACAUUCUAGCAGCCAUUUUUUUGUUUUAUUAUUUAAAGUUAAGAGCACUCAUCAGCUCACAAAUUAACAAAUUCCAUUCCUGCAGUCUAGAUCAAUUUUCAGCCAAAAUGAGGGAAAAAAAAUGCAGCAAAACUACAUCUGAACUUUACAUCUCAGUAAAAGUUAGAACUCCUUUCUCUAUAAAUAGAAGUUAUAGUUAACACUGCAACAAUGUAACGGCAGAUCUCUAGUAUCUUUAAGGGGCAGAGAGCAUUGGAUUAUUGAGGUUUAUGGAUAUGCUGGCUAAUAAAUACACAUAGAGAAGCUUCAGAAGCAUAUAGUGCAUGACUGUCUACCAGGGUUCUGUACUCCCAGUCUUGACAUUUCUCAAAGCUGAGGCAGCCGCUUCACCCUCAACUGUGCUUUCCAUUCUGCCCAGGCCGAAAAAAGAGCCAGAGGGUGCCAAAGCCCAGGCCCUGCUCCUGCAAGAAGAUCAUCUGCUGGAACAGCAUCAUGUUUACCAAGAAAGGUUCUGCGAAUGGAGGCAAACACAUACCCCAAGACUACAAAUUCAGAGAGGAAAAAAAAAAAAAAAAAAAAAA